UGCGAUUACGCAUAAAGAUUUGCUCCUUUCUUGUUAAUCUUGUUAAUUAAGAUUAAAUUGAUUUGGCAAUCGGGGCAAGCACCAGUGAUUGGCCUAUCAACGUGAAAUAGUCUUACGCACAGUCUACGGUAAUACGGUACGCACUUGAAAACUGCAGUUGGAGAUGGAAUUAAAUUGGAGUCGAAGAAUCGAUUCCAACGACUCAUGAAAUUUCAGCCAGAGUCGAUUCCAAAAUUUCGGGAAUCGGACACCCUAAUCUCUGAUCGACCUCCGUUGUUGUGCAUGAUCACACGCGUAAUUUGUGCACAUUCGCAGAGCGGUCACAGACAAAGAAAGAACAAGCCGUACAUUCAUCUGGACAACUUAUUUGCGUACAUAAUUUGUGAACCAAAUAUUGAUAUCAUGUUCGGAGAUACUUUUAAGUCAUUUGCAAUAAAUUUGGACGGACUAAAUGGGAGAAAUGUUUUUACAUGUGGCGAUUUUAUUUCAGGGCGAAUCGUUUUCGAUUUAUCAAAAGAAAUGAGAGUUAAUUCGAUCAAUGUGAGUUUAAAGGGAAAGGCGAAAGUUGCGUGGAGCACUGGAUCUAGAAAGCAUCGAAGACAUUAUUCUGCAAGAGAGGACUAUUUUAACAUUAAGUGUGACAUCCUACAACACAACGCUAUCGGUGCUGGCGAGACUGUCCUUCGCAGCGGAGCGCAUGAAUACCCUUUCAGAACCCGGUUGCCAGAAGGAAAUUUCCCGUCAUCAUUUCAAGGGGUUCAUGGCAGAGUUGUCUAUGCUUUGGUAGUUCAGAUACACAGACCGUGGCAUUUGGCCAAGGAGUUCCGGUCGGAAUUGAAUUUUGUUAGCCACAUAGACGCCAACCAUCCACAACUGCUGGCGCCACUGUCAGCUUCCAAUGACAAGGAGCUGUGUUGCCUCUGCUGCACCUCAGGGCCCAUCUCCAUGAAUUGUCGUCUGGACAGGAAGGGUUACGUCCAAGGAGAAAUGAUUCAGAUCAUCGCAGAGUUCGAGAAUGCCUCUUCCCGUACGCUUGUUCCCAGGGCAACACUCGUACAGACGCAGACCUUCUACACGUACUCCAGGUUAUCAAAGAGAUGUGUUCCUAAAAACCUCGUCAAAGUCGAGGGAACACCUGUCAUGCCCUAUUGUUCAGGAGUGUGGGGCAACCAAAUGCUGCAGAUACCUGCCAAUAUCCCCCUCACCAUCUCAAACUGCCAGAUUCUGGAGGUGGACUACUUUUUGAUGGUUAGUCUGUGUAUUCCAAAUGGAACCAACCUCAGUGUCAUUUUCCCUCUGAUAAUGUGCUCUAUUCCUGUGUGUCGUCCUCCUGCUUAGACACAGUCUGCUACAGUCUCCUUAAAACUUCACAAAUUGCCAUGGAAAUGAGACUGCUGCCAUCCUCAAUCCCUGAAUGGGUGUGUGCCUUUUUUUAGUGUCAUUUUUGAGGUUGUGGGGGUUAUGGGAUAUCACCACUUUACAUUUAUGUCAGGUGUUUACAGACUCUUUACAAUUUCAGGAUUACAUUUCUGUCUGAGGUAUUUUUAUUUCUGGCAUUUUUGUAUUUUGUACCGUCGGGUGCCUGGUUUAAUACUCAGAACAACUGACCUGCAUAAAUCAGGUGUUACAGUUUUUAUUUACUUUUAAGCUGUUCGAAGCGCUUCCGUCUCCUAUCACUGUGCCUUAUCUGAGCUGAGGUCAGAGUAGCACUACAGAAGCACCUUUCUGUAACGAAAGGUCUCAUAUUUGAUUUUUAAAUAUUAACUGCCAAUAUUUUAUUCUUUUGAGUGUUGUUAAAUUUAUCUUUAAAAAAUUUUUUUAUUUCACAUAUACAGUAAGAAAUACCUGUACUUUUCUACAUUAUAUUAUGAAAGUUAUUUGUUCUAUAAAGGUAUAAAACAAGGAUAUUAUUUGACAAUAAUAGCUCAAAUGUUUUCUAUUGAGAGCAUCUGCUAUAUGUUUAUAUGUCUGCUAUAUGUUUGCUAUAUGUUUAUGUUGCCUCUUAUUGGAUGUAACAAACUGCCUUGACUUGGGUUUGGGUAGGACGAUUGACAUUUGCAGUAUUUUAGCAUGUAGGGGACACCCUUCACUGUCUCUAAUGUUGGCCUUGUUCUAACCUCAUUCUUAACUGCCAUGAACAUCUUUUUUAACCCUGUUGUGAUCCUAACACGGACAGUCAUCUGUGUGAGAUUACUCUUUGCCUAGUGAGACUAAGCUUUAACACAAUUGUAAUAGUUUACACAGUGUUUUGUUUAUACUGUAACUGAUGAUUUUCAGUCUGCUAUGUUUUUAUCCGGUUCAACAUGUGGAUGAAAUGCAGAUAUAUAUUGGAUACAAUUUUGUUGCACAGAUUCUGAUCCAAAAUGUGUGACUGUUCGGUGUAGAAAUAUUUGAUAUAAGGUUUUAUUCAAACUUGGUCUUUUUUUUUUCAUAAUAUUUUUUAUCAAUCCUAUCAGUUCUGAUAGUAUUUUAAGCAACUACUUCAUUGUCAAGUUUUGGCUUUUUCAACAUUUUUCUUCCUCUGUCAGUAUCUUCACUGCAGAGCCUAGGGAUUUGGAUUUUCAGAAUUAUCUUAUAAAGGUAAUCCUCUUUAAAGUUAAAACACCUUCACUAGGAGCUUCCUAGAGAAAUAAACUCUUCCACAGCAAUUGCAGCAGCUGCCAUUCCGUCCAUCGUUGCACUGAAAUGUCUCCUAAGAUAAAGCGCUGGCACAGAUCAUGGUGUGAAGCCGUCAAAACGCACUCUUCUGGAAAGAUUCAGCCACGCUGAAUCAGAGCUCAUUCACUGUGGCUAUGACAACAAUAUAACAACAAUGCUGUUAAUAAUAAUAAUAAUAAUAUUAUUAUUAUUAUUAUUGUUAUUAUUAAUAAUAAUAAUAAUAAUAAUAAUAAUAAUAAUAAUACUUAUAACAAUAAUGAAAGUAUCUGAAUGCAUUGGCAACCUACAAAGAAAAUAAACAGUCAUGUGUUCUUGUUUUUGUUUUUUUACCUGUUGCUUUAAAAAAAAAAAAAUUAAUCAAAAAAACUUGAAAAAACUGAUUUGGCUUUUAAAAAUCGGUAACCAGAAUUGGCCAUAGGAAUGAAUGAUCGGUGCACCCUUAUCCACAAGUAUUUAGAACAUGACAAGUUUUGUUGUUUUGGCUCUGUAUUCAAAAACAAAAAUUGUUACUGUCCAAAUCCUUAUAGACUGCACUGUCUAUGGGGUUUGGUGAUGAAGGCAAGCUGUGUGGGGUUUUUUUUGUGUGUGUGUGUGUGUUCUGUGAAGAACUUGACCUAAUAGCCUUUACAUAUACAUAUACACUUCAACCUCAUUGUCAUUGUAUCCUUUCUAACUCAAAGUGCUAGUGUACAGAACCAAAAUUACAAAAAAUUAGUCACUGUCAAAUGAAUUAUGGUGCUCACUGUAUACACAGUGACGACAGAGAGACUUACAUUUAGCAUAAAGUGGUUAAGAAUUAUUAACAAGAACAAUCAUGAAAUGACACUGCCUGAUGUGGAUUUGAAUUCUGUGAGAGGGGUAAGAGACUACUUGUUAACAUGUUGUAAGCUGUUCAAUCUAUUGGGGUAUGGUGACUAAAUGUGGUUUUACCCAGUUUACUGGUAACAAGAAGGACCAAUAAAGUCAAGUAAUCCUGUGUAUGUGUAUUGUAAUUGGGUCCCAUUGACCAAAUAACAAAUGUAUUAAACAUAUUCAGUUUUCAGCUUAAUGUCUUUCUGCUGUUACUCUAACUGUUCUGUGCCUGUCUUGUCAUUACUCCUGUUGCCCUAAUGAAUGUUAUGUAUUUAAUGUAUCAUGUAAUGUUAGCAUAUUACACCUCUGAUGGCAAUAAACAGUGCUUGUGAAAUAAAUGGUGCUAUAUAAACCAAUAAAAUUUCAGAUCAUGA